AUGUCUCUGCACAGUGUGUCUAUGUUGCUGCUGUUGCUGGCAGCCUGUCAGGCCCAGCCUCUGUCUGAGCCAUACAGUGGACAAGAGCAGCUCCUACAGGACGACACUGUGGACAUUAGCACCAGGAUCCUGGUCUCCAACAACCAGUCUGACGCCUUCUUCCUGGAAGGAGACCUGCUGCCUCCCACACACAGGAACGCCAUGAAGUGCUGGUACAACAGUUGCCUUUGGCCCAAAGGCUCUGACGGCCUGGUGACCGUCCCCUACACUGUGAGCAGGGAGUUCAGCAGUUAUGAGACGCAGGUGAUCAGCUCUGCUCUGAGGGACUUCCACAGCCAAACCUGUAUCCGCUUUGUCCCCCGUCAGAACCAGUAUGACUACAUCACCAUCGAGAACCAGAGCGGCUGUUUCUCUUCUCUGGGGAGACAGAGAGGCAGGCAGGUGUUGUCUCUCAACAGAAUGGGCUGUGUAGACAAAGGGGUCAUCCAACAUGAGUUCAACCACGCUCUGGGCUUCAAGCACGAGCAGACCAGGAGUGACCGUGACCAGUACGUCCAGAUCAACUGGGAAAAUAUGGACCCUUCCAUGGCCUACAACUUCUACAGAUCCGAUACCAACAACCAGGGCACGCCCUACGACUAUGGCUCCAUCAUGCACUACGGAAGAACGGCCUUCUCCAACAAUGGUCGGGAUACCAUCACCCCCCUCUCCAACACCCAGGUCUACAUCGGACAGAGACAGGCUCUGUCUCCCUGGGACAUCAAGAGGAUCAACAUGCUCUACAGCUGCACUGCCUAA